UUCAUCUUUCUCACUGACCAAUGGGCUUGGAGCAUUAAGGCCACGCCCCUAUUCUGCGUUCCACUGGUGCCCUGGUUACGCCACCUGUGGCUCAGUUGCACAGCCGCCUGGUAGGUGACUGGAGGCAUUGAGCAGUGCUCACUGGUAUUUCGCUGAUGUGGCCCCAACCCCGCCUCCCUCCCCACCCCGCGAUGUCAGAAAAAACACAACAGGGGAAAUUGGCCGCAGCCAAGAAAAAGUUAAAAGCAUAUUGGCAGAGGAAGAGCCCUGGCAUUCCAGCAGGAGCUAACAGGAAAAAGAAAAUCAAUGGCAGUAGCCCUGACACAGCCACUUCUGGUGGUUACCACUCACCUGGGGAUAGCCAGUACCAAGAACUAGCAGUGGCCCUGGAUUCAAGCUCCGCAAUAAUCAGUCAACUCAGUGAAAACAUCAAUUCACUGGUUCGCACAUCUAAGGAGGAGAAGAAGCAUGAGAUACAUUGGGUACAGAAGCUUGGGAGGAGCUUGUUCAAAUUCAAAAACCAGACGGCUGAACCCCUGGCCCCAGAGCCCCCAGCAGGGCCAUCUAAGGUGGAGCAGCUACAAGAUGAGACCAACCACCUAAGGAAGGAGCUAGAGAGUGUGGGAAGACAGCUCCAGGCUGAGGUGGAAAACAAUCAGAUGUUGAGUCUCCUGAACAGGAGACAGGAGGAGAGGCUACGUGAACAGGAGGAGAGGCUACGUGAACAGGAGGAGAGGCUACGUGAACAGGAGGAGACGCUACGUGAACAGGAGGAGAGGCUACGUGAACAGGAGGAGAGGCUACGUGAACAGGAGGAGACGCUACGUGAACAGGAGGAGAGGCUACAUGAACAGGAGGAGAGGCUGUGUGAACGGGAGAAGCUGCCAGGGCAGGAGAGGCUGCUGGAAGAGGUGGAGAAGCUGUUAGAACAGGAGAGGCGGCAGGAGGAGCAGGAGAGGCUGCUGGAGAGGGAGAGGCUGCUGGACGAGGUGGAGGAGCUCCUGGAGCAGGAGAGGCUUCGGCAACAGGAUGACAGGCUGUGGCAGCAGGAGACUCUGCAGGAGCUGGAGAGGCUGCGGGAGCUGGAGAGGAUGCUGGAGCUGGGGUGGGAAGCCCUCUACGAGCAGCGGGCCAAGCCACGCAGCGGCUUCGAGGAGCUGAACAACGAGAACAAGAGCACACUGCAUUUGGAGCAGCAAGUAAAGGAGCUGAAGAAGUCGGGUGGAGCUGACGAGCCAAGAGGCUCCGAGUCUGCAGCAGCAGCCAGACCAGUACCUGGAGCCCCAGUCCCAGGAGCUUGGGUGUGCGGACAAGCAGGGUGGACUCCCCAGGAGCACCCAGGCUUGCGUGGAGAAGCUGUUGGUACAGGAGAGGUGGCAGGAGGAGCAGGAGAGGCUGCAUGCCAUUCUUUUCGGGCUGCUGAGAACAGGGAGCUAAACAUCACCAUCAUCUAAGAGCGGGUCAAGAAAUUAAAAAAAACAAACAAAACGUUUAAGGGGUUAAUAUCCUACACAAUUCAUUUACUUCAUUUGAAUGUUAGAGCCACUUAUGUUUAUUUGUGUUUCUAAUUUAUAGUUUAAAUUUAUUUGUGUUUCUAAUUUAUAGUUUAAAUUUAUUUGUGUUUCUAAUUUAUAGUUUAAAUUUAUUUGUGUUUCUAAUUUAUAGUUUAAAUUUAUUUGUGUUUCUAAUUUAUAGUUUAAAUUUAUUUGUGUUUCUAAUUUAUAGUUUAAAUUUAUUUGUAAAAAGUUAAAUGAGAGUGGGUCUUUCUCUCAUGUUCACUCUGGCAUCUUUUAGCAUUUUUUUAAUUUGAUAAUUAUAGGACGUUAGCAUGCAUAUCGAGUUUGCCCUUAUGUGGUGGGAGUUCAAACACACAAAGACCCACUAUAUGCACACAACUGUUCUUGCCGGUUUGGGAUAGGCUGCCAUGCUUUUUUAAUGUUAGUACAGCAUGUAUAUUUAUUACGGAAUUCAGAUAAAAUUUCCUUAUGUUCUGCUGUUAUGUUUGAUCGAAUCCUAAUCACAGUGAGCUCUUCAUUAGCUCAACAUGUGGUUUGCCCUCAAGUGCGCGGUCUAUUACUUUGUAAUAUGCCACUGUGAGUACUGACAUUUACAGUUGUUUAAAGGUGGAGCACUAGAAACAGCCUUUCCCCCUUUUUCUGUGUAUUGGGGAUGGGAGUAAUAACAUUUUGGGGAGGUUUUUAAAUCUCCCAGAAGAGGAAAGUGGCCUGCUCUGGCAGGUGUGUGCAGGAUAGAAUAUGUUUCAUUUGUUCCGGUGCCAAGAAUGAGCACUGUACUAUGGUAGUUCCCUUAGGAUUUGCAUGUGCUCUGGGCUCAUGAAGAUAUUGCAUCAUGAGCUGUGGCAGUUGUCCUCUUUUUUGACGACCUAAAAGGGGAUUAUUUCUGAGGAAUGAAAGGCUCCCAUCAUGACUGUGGAUGUGGAAAACCUUUUCUAGCUGAGAGCAUUUAUAUCUACAAUACAUUUUAAAGUCAGAGUUCGUGUUCCCUGUUUUAAUCACAUGACUACAUGUCCCAGUACACAAAAGGGCACUGGUUGGCAUUCUCCUUAAUGUAUUUAGUAAAGAUCAGAAGAAAUCCUUUAAGAGUUUAAAUGUCCCUGGAACAGGCAUAUACAGGCUCUAGUCAAGAAUGAAUUCGAGUGAAGGAAAGCUGUGUGACACCUGGCAUUCCUCUAUGUUCAUGGAGCUUAUUUGAGGCUAGAAGAUGGAUUUUACCAUCUAGACCUCUCUGGCUAAUACCUAGUCUUCAACCAUCUGACAGAGGAAUUCUUUUUCUUGAAUGGAAAAGACUUUAAAAAUAAUAACAAACAUUAUUAUAAACAAAUAUAUGUGAGAGUACUUAGUUGAAACAAAAAGGAAUUUUAGUAGACAGUAUUAUACUACAUUUGAAAAUCAAGGAGCAGUUUAUGCAACUUAAAAUGUUUACAAACUGCAGCGCAAUCUACUGUUUGUGACUGUCAAAGUGUCAUGAGGAAAGUGUCUAUACAAUCACAGAGUUAUAUUUCCUCACAAAGUUCUUUACGUAGAGUGAAAUAUGUUUUUAUACCUCUCAGUUUCAGUUAGAGGCAUAUUUUGUGUAAUAUUUAUGGCUUAAAAUGGACUAAAGGUCCUGUUCUUGCCUUUUCUGAACUUGCCGCUUUUGCAUUCUUUGAGUUCAGUUUAAAGACAGUUACUUUAAGUCCAUUUUAAACCCUCAGGCUAGAAAUCAAACCACUGUUAAUUAGCCACAUUAUUUGGUCUAACAGUUUUUCUUUAUCAUUCUGAAACUGAGUUUAUCUAAUACAUUGAUAAAUUAUUUCCAAGGUAUUUUUAGAGUUCAAAUCACUUCACUUUUACCCUGACACAUAUAAAUGACUAGGAAUGACCUUCAGAUAGCGUUUAGCAACUGUAACCAAUCUGACAAUAAUGUGUUCAUCAGGCACCUGUGGAUUAAAUCACAUACUGGCAUAUUUAAGCUGAAUGUCAGUCUGAAAAAUAAAUGUACUAUAUUAACUCAAAUACCACUCUCUGUGUAGGUAUUUUGUCAUAUGUUUAAGAAAAAGCUAAAGAGAAUGGAAAUCCUAUGACAAUAACUCAAGUCUUUCUUCAAAGUGCGUGCAGUCUCUUGCAGUACCUCAUUCAGCCAAGUAUUUGUUCUCUUCCUCAUUCAGUAUAAGGCAGCUUUCAAUUUGCUUAGAAGGCAACAUUAGAAGGUUAGAGUUCAGCAGAAAGAUAGAAUUUAAAAUGUGAGUUCAACUGAAUAAAUUUGAAUUUCUGUAGGAAGUAAAGAAUCAAAAUACCUAUUUAAAGACUGCAAUAUAUGAUAAUUAUUUUUAAAGUAAUAGAUUAAACCUGAUAGGUUUUCCUGAAAUGAAAAACAAUCAGUUCUAAAACCAAAGCUGAUUUUUAGAAAAUGUGAAAAUGUAAAUCAACCCUAUCCAAAAUAGAUUCUCUAAAACCUUAUCUUACAGUCACUUUCAAAUAACUAUUCAAAAAUGUAACUGCUAUAUUAAUGUCUUAAAAUAAUUUAAAACAUUUUAAAAUAUGAAUACUGUAGCUUAAAACAAAGAAUCUAGGGGAAGGAAAAGUAGAGAAAGAAAUGCCAAUUCCAGUCCAAAGCUGUAUUUGCCAAGUUUUCUUAGAAUGACUUUUACCGAUUUAUGAAUUCUUAUACACAGAAAGCAUGAUGGAAAUACUGAUUUUUGUCUAAAGUGGCAUUAUUGACUGCUUCUGUGAUGCUACUGUAAUGUAAUAAAUUAUUAGAUUGUUUCAA